GAACCGGGCGCCGCCGCCGCCGCCGCCACCGCCCACGGCCGCCGCCGCCGCCCUGCCCGGCCCGGCCCGGCCCGGAGCGCCCUCAGCCCGGUCCCCUCCAGGGCCGCGGCCCCGGUGCCGGACGGGCCCCACGGGCCGGCUGUGGGCGCCCCCAUGUCGGCGCCGCUGAAGAAGGGCCCCGGCGGGCUCAUCGGGCUGAUGAAGGACGCGUUCCAGCCGCACCACCACCACCUCGGGCCGCACCAGCCCGGCGCCGUGGACAAGAAGAUGGUGGAGAAGUGCUGGAAGCUCAUGGAUAAGGUGGUACGGCUGUGCCAGAACCCCAAGCUGGCCCUGAAGAACAGCCCUCCCUACAUCCUGGACCUGCUGCCUGACACCUACCAGCACCUGCGCACCAUCCUGUCCCGCUACGAGGGCAAGAUGGAGACCCUGGGCGAGAACGAGUAUUUCCGCGUCUUCAUGGAGAACCUGAUGAAGAAAACCAAGCAGACCAUCAGCCUCUUCAAGGAAGGGAAGGAGAGGAUGUACGAGGAGAACUCCCAGCCUAGGAGGAACCUGACCAAACUGUCCCUGAUAUUCAGCCACAUGCUGGCAGAACUCAAGGGGAUUUUCCCCAGUGGCCUCUUCCAGGGGGACACGUUCCGGAUCACCAAGGCAGAUGCUGCAGAAUUUUGGAGAAAGGCUUUUGGUGAAAAGACCAUUGUUCCUUGGAAGAGCUUCCGGCAGGCCCUGCACGAGGUGCAUCCCAUCAGCUCUGGCCUGGAGGCCAUGGCCCUCAAGUCAACCAUCGACCUCACCUGCAAUGACUACAUCUCAGUGUUUGAGUUUGACAUCUUCACACGACUCUUCCAGCCCUGGUCAUCCUUGCUGAGGAACUGGAACAGCCUGGCCGUGACUCACCCUGGGUACAUGGCAUUCCUCACCUAUGACGAGGUGAAGGCCAGACUGCAGAAAUUCAUUCACAAACCUGGCAGUUACAUUUUCAGACUGAGCUGUACCCGCCUGGGUCAGUGGGCCAUCGGCUACGUCACUGCAGAUGGGAACAUCCUCCAGACAAUCCCCCACAACAAACCUCUUUUCCAAGCACUGAUUGAUGGCUUCAGGGAAGGCUUUUAUUUAUUUCCUGACGGCCGGAAUCAGAAUCCUGACUUGACUGGCUUGUGUGAGCCCACACCUCAGGACCACAUUAAAGUUACCCAGGAACAAUAUGAGCUGUACUGUGAGAUGGGCUCCACGUUCCAGCUGUGUAAAAUCUGUGCUGAGAACGACAAGGACGUGAAGAUUGAACCUUGUGGGCACCUGAUGUGCACCUCCUGCCUCACAGCCUGGCAGGAAUCUGAAGGCCAAGGCUGUCCCUUCUGCCGCUGUGAGAUCAAAGGGACAGAGCCAAUCGUGGUGGAUCCAUUUGAUCCCAGAGGAGGAGGAGGAUUGUCCAGGCAAGGGGCAGAAGGAACCCCCUCUCCUAAUUACGAUGAUGAUGAUGAUGACAAAGCUGAUGAUUCCCUCUUCAUGAUGAAAGAACUCGCUGGUACCAAAGUGGAACGCCCUCCCUCGCCCUUCUCGGUGGCUCCCCAGGCCGCCCUGCCCCCGGUGCCCCCCCGGCUGGACCUGCUGCAGCAGCGAGUGGCCAACCCCCCCGGGGCCUCCAGCCCUGGCACCGCUUCCAAGGCUGCUCCGGGCGCUCUGCACAAGGACAAACCUCUGCCGAUCCCCCCCACGCUGCGGGACCUGCCGCCGCCGCCGCCCCCGGACCGCCCGCACGCCCUGUGCCCCGAGGGCCGCCCGCAGCGCCGGCCCCUGCCCUGCACCCCGGGUGACAAGCCCCCCCCGCUGCCCUCCGGCCGCCAGGCCGAGCCGUGGCCCGGCAGGCCCAUGCCCAAAGCCCCGGCAGAGCCCUGGGCUGGCAGGGAGCUGUCCAACCGGCACUCGCUGCCCUUCUCGCUGCCCUCGCAGCUGGAGUGCAGGGCUGAGAGCCUGCGGCUGGGCAGCACGCUCAGCCUGGACGGCCCCGCGAGCUCCAACAGUGGUCCAGCAGCAACCUCAGAGUGUGAACACCCCAAAAUCAAACCCUCCUCGUCUGCCAAUGCCAUCUACUCCUUAGCUGCCAGACCACUGCCUGUACCAAAACUGCCUCCUGGGGAGCAGUCUGAGAGCGAUGAGGACACUGAAUACAUGUCACCAUCCUCUCUGCCUGUGGUGCCUCCAGGUCCUGCUGUGCAAAAACCAGAGCUCAAAAUGCCUUUGGAAAUGACUCAGAGUUUACGAGUUUUGGACUGUGACCAGCAGCCCGAGGGCUCCAUGUAUGAAGCAAUGUACAACAUUCACUCCCAAGCAGCAUCCUCUGCUUUCGAGGCUGUCAACACUUCUGAUGAAGGGAGCCUGGCAGCAGCCAGUGCCAGCAAUGGCCCUGAGGAGUCAGAGAACGAGGAGGAUGGCUACGACGUGCCCAAGGCGCCGCUGCCCGUGGCCAGCGCCCGUCGCACGCUGUCUGACAUCUCCAAUGCCACCCCUGCCUUCGGCCGCAUGUCCUUGGAGAGCGACCCUGCCACAGGUUUCUCGGAGGGCUCCCAGGUCCCCGAGCGGCCGCCGAAGCCGCUGCCCCGGCGGAUCAACUCGGAGCGCAAGGCAGGAGGAGCCAGCAGCGGGGCCAGCUCCUCCCUGCACCUCUCCAGCGAGAUCGAGAACCUCAUGAGCCAAGGCUACUCAUAUCAGGACAUCCAGAAAGCUCUGGUCAUUGCACAUAACAAUAUCGAGAUGGCCAAGAACAUUCUGCGGGAGUUCGUGUCCAUCUCCUCGCCGGCGCACGUGGCCACAUAGCACACGAGCACCUCCACGCCUGAGCUGCUGUGGACCAACUGCCUGGGCAGCUGCUGCCCAGCUGUGCACCAAAGGGGAAGGGGGUUCCUUUAGAGACUUCGUGCUGAGGUCAGUCCUGCCUCUUUUAAGAGAAUCAGUUAUCAGGUUUUCGUGGUUCCAGAUUUCAAAGCAGUGGGAUGGAGCGGAGCGGUGUUUUAUACAGUGUAUGUCUUGGAGUCCUUUACCCCUACCUCUUGUCUGAGAGAGCAGAUUUAUUUCCAGGGUGUUGGUAGAGAAAGGUGUCGUGACAAGGGAUCCCCGAGCCGAUGCCCUGGAGGCUGGGGGGAGUUGUUUUGUGCUGUGAAUUUUAAGUGGAUGCUCAGAGAAACAAAAGUCUCGAGGUCGGUGUGGUGUGUCCUGUGGUUCAUGGUACUAGGUUUGGAUCUGUUCGCUGCUGUGUGUCUGGCUCAGGCUUUUUAGAGAAGCUGGGAGGUCACUUUCUGCUGGGAAUUUAUAGGAGACCUUGGAAGAAUCCUUUGAUUGCUUCCUGUUGGCCGUGGUGUGUCCCUCUUGCCUGUAAUAAUAGCAGUUACUGCUUCUGGUUCCAGUCCUCCCUGGCUGCCUGGAGAUGGCAGGAUGGGCUUCUGUCAGGGGUUUUGGUCCUGGCACUGCUGGGAGUUGGAUUUCUCUCGUGUGGGUGUGUGCUCCUGCACUGGCAGCACCAGAUUCCAGUAGCUGGAGGAGCUUGGGGUGGGAGAGGGGGCAAAGAAUUUGAGCAAGAGCAAAGAACUGGGGCUGCUGCUUCUCCUCUCUUAGCCUUGAGCAUUUUGUGCUUCAGUGCUCAGAUUUGAUUUGUGGCCCUGCUGGGCUGGAGCAGCCGUCACUGGACACUCCCAUUGCUCUUCCCUGGGAAUGUUGCACCUGGUAAAUUGGAUGUUUUAUUUCUCUUCAUUGCAUGGUGGCUGUUGCAGACUAGUGGCCUUCACACACAUUCCUCCAGAGAGCUUUUGCAGGAGCCAUCGUCGUGCCAGGGUGUUUUGUGGAGUUGGUAGAUGCAGCUGGUGUGUUUGUUGGAAUUUCACCUGCUUUGCAGUCACAGAAGUGCAGCAGUUCUCUGCAUGGCUGUCCAAACAACAUGGGGGCUCUCCUUUCCAUUGCCAUUUCUCUAAAGUAUUGCCAGAUCUGGUGUUAAAACAGACCUGGGGGAAAAAAAUCUGUAUUUGUGAAGUGAUCACAUGGUUUUAAAGGUCAGAACUCAGCUGUUGCGUUGGAAAAACCUGACUUGCCUACUCAGCUACUUAACUCUGUUCAUGUUGGAGGAGUGGAUGGUUCCUUUGGAGACGAUUUAGCUCCAAGAGGCACAGACAGAUCACAGCCUGUCAGCCUGAGAGGCUCUUGGCCUUUGGAGCAUGUCCAGCAUUAUUUGCACCUCCCUGAGGUCAGCAGAGGUCACUGGGCUAAGGGCUGCAGUUUGGAAUAUUGCUGGAGUGGUUCUGGCAGUCGGGUGCCUUUUGAGGAAUCCAGGGGCUGGGCCAGAUGGCUGCAGUGGCACAGAGGCCUCCAGGAGUGUUAGCAGAGCAGAAAGUGGGUUUUUAAUUCAAGGUGAGCUUUCUCUCUAGAAAGAGAAGAGAAUUCUAGCUUUGAGUUGCUGUGGCCUCCAGGCAGGCUGAAGUGUCUCUCUUUACUCAUCUCUGUAGUGGAGAAAGCACUGAGACAGCGUGAGGAGAUUUCCUGCCAGGCUCCCUGACCCCACCCUUUGCUGUUUUGGGGUCAGGGCUGGCCGUGGGCAGGGUGCUCUGCAGGGCACAGGGCUCGGGCACAGCCCUGGGGGAGGUGGGCUCAGUGCCUGGGGGAGGAAGGAGGGGAGGAAGAGCUGCUCUUCCUCCUGUGCCAGGGGUGCCAGCCCUGCUCCCUGUGGGGUUUUUGGGGCCUCAGCAGGAGCAAGGCCAGCACUGGUGCUGCUGAGGCAGGAGCAGGGGACAGCUGUGGCACGCUGUGGGGAGCCUGAGCAGCCAAGCAGCCCCUUGUCCUGGAGAUGCAGGUGCAAACCCUUUGGUGAGGGGUUUAUUUCCCUCUUUUCCACGCUCCCACUGGCUCUGUGUUGGUUUGGAGCCCUUUGGUGUCUGCCCUGCUGUGUGAGCUCAGUGUGACCCCUGCCAUGGCUGAGCUCCAAAGCCUUAACUCUUGUCCUGCCCAGCUCCGGGGAUUCCCUGUCCCCUCGGAGCCCCUCAGGGCAGGCUGGCUGUCAUUUCCAUGAAAUCCUGCCUGGCAGAGCUGCUGCAGGCCUGCCUUUGGGGUCUGUGUGCCAAGAGAUGUUCCUGUGGGUGUUGUUCUGGGUAUUAGAGAUUAGAGAGAGCAAUCUUUGUGGCAUGUAUCGCUGAUUUCUCUGCAUGUGUCCUUUCUGUGCACUUGUUUAUGUCUCAAACUGAUUUAAGAAACUUAAGUCUUGCCUUUUCUUCCUUAGACACGUUAAGAAUUUGCUGAUUCCACUGAGGCCAGCAGAGUCCUGGCCAUGUCUUGUGGCUGUGCUCUGCCAGCUCCAUCCAGGCACUGCCCAGUGGAUUUUUCUUGUUCUUUCUAAGCCCAAGAUUGAUUGCUCUUCUUUCCUUUCACCUCCCUCUUCUUUAUCCUUAAGAAAAUUAUCUUUCUGAUGCUACUUUAAAAAGGAAAAACCACCCAAAUGUCUAGUGCCUUUCUUGAGGGGACGCUGCGUGGCCAGGCUGGAUCUGAGGAUCCAGCACCCCUGUGGGGAAAUGAGCAGAGCUGGACAAGCAGCACCAAACUGCUUUGGGAAGGGGUGAAAAGAGGAGCAGGAGAGACGGGCAGUGCUCACUGGGACUCUGACACUGUGUUUUGUAGCAUUUCAGCCCUGGAGCUUCCGUGUCUGGACUGGUGCUGUGCCGAGCCUGGGGCCGGGUCAGGAUCGUGGGAUGGGGUAAAAAAUGCUGGGGCUGUCCUCAAAAGGAGCAGGAAACACUCCCAGAAGAGUGGGGAACACUCCCAAAAGAGUGGGGAACUCCCAAAAGGAGCAGGAAACACUCCCAAAAGAGUGGGGAACUCCCAAAAGGAGAAGGAAACACUCCCAGAAGAGUGGGGAACACUCCCAAAAGAGUGGGGAACGCUCCCAAAAGAGUGGGGAAGACUCCCAAAAGGAGCAGAGAACACUCCCAAAAGGAGAAGGAAGCACUCCCAGCAGGAGCAGGAGCUGUGGGAAGCGGGAGGUGUCCCCCUGAGCAGGACCCAGGUGAUUUCCUGAAGCUGGGGGUGCCUCCUUGGCAGGACCCAGGUGAUUUCCUGAAGCUGGGGGUGCCUCCUUGGCAGGACCCAGGUGAUUUCCUGCGUGCAGAGCCCCCAGGAAUCCCAAAUCCUCCCCUUCCUUUGUGCACGUCCCUGGGCCAGCCCUCCCCAGGGCUCAGGGCCCCCUGCACCAGAGCUGUGACAUUUCUGUGGCUCGUCCUGAGGCAGGCUCCUUACUGUAAAUGUGGUUUGAUUGCUUGGUUUGUUGGGUUUUUGUUCGUUUUUUUUUAAUUUUUUUUCAGUUGAGCAAGAAAAAAUGCAACUCCCAGGGCACCUUCUCAGAGGUGCCACUUUAAAGAUUAGUGGGGAAUAAGGACAUUUAUUUUUAAAGUUCCUCCUAAAAAUCUUUUUUUGUUUGAAAUUCCCAGUGGAGGAAGAACUGCUGUUACUGUUGUUCUUUCUCAUGGAUGACAAAUACCAAUUUGUAAAAUAUCAGUGUUAAAAAAUGUUGAGAUUUUCACGAGAUAUUUUAAAAAAAAAAGUAUAAUAGUGUCAUUAAUAUAAAAUUAUAAUAGCAGUAUUUAAUCCUUUCAGAUCUGUAAAGAAUAAGGAAAAACAGAAGGUAAAUAUUCUUACAGAGAGUAGCUGAGCUUUAAGGUUCACUUGGUUUAAAGUCCUCAUUUUGUUUGCAGAUGCAUUGUUAAUGUUUAGAGGUUAUACUAAUGUUAUUUAUUAAUUGUUUCCAUCCUUGUAUGCUGCCCACUAAGAGCUUCUUUGUUUGGGAUUUCAUUCACCUGUGUCAGUAAGAAAGAAAACAAAACAAAGUUUUAUUUUUAAAUAAAAUUUCCUUUGUUGUAGCA